GGCUUCGGCAGCCGCCACCGUCGCCGCCUCCGCCACCCGGAGGACCGAGCAAAAGUUUGGAUCUGGGGGAGGACGCGGCGCUGAGCGAGAUUACCACCGGGGCUGGAAGGAGACCUCGAGAACCUUCGCAGAGUGCAGAUUGAGCUUAACCAAGAAGUUCAUAGUCUGAUCAACACUGACCUGAUCUACAACAUCAGAAGGGAGUUCUGCCUGCCCAGUUGGGCCUCUGUUGACUGCAGAUAACUCAGCUUCACUCAUUGCCUGUGUGGAAAAUUCUCUCUAUUGAUUUUUUGUGUUUUUUUGUUUUUUUGUUGUUUUGUUUUUGCACAUGGAGGACAGUAACAAAGACGGCAACACAGGCUGAUAAGAGCAGAGAUCAUAGGAGAAUUCUUUUCUUACAGGCCCUUGGGACUUUUCCUCUAGUUGGAGUUCUGGACUUUAACAGAGCCCUUUCCAGUCAUUUUGGUUUUGUUUCUUGUUACUUUCCCACCACCUUGUAUUUUGUUUCCGUACUUCAGAAAUGGGCCUACAGACCACACAGUGGCCCAGCUGUGGGGCUUUUUUCCUGAAAUCUUGGCUUCUUAUUUCCCUGGGGCUCUACUCACAAAUGUCAAAAACCUUGGCGUGCCCUAGCGUGUGCCGCUGCGACAGGAACUUUGUCUACUGUAACGAGCGAAGCUUGACCUCAGUGCCUCUUGGGAUCCCGGAGGGCGUAACCGUACUCUACCUCCACAACAACCAAAUUAAUAAUGCUGGAUUUCCCGCAGAACUGCACAACGUACGGUCGGUGCACACGGUCUACCUUUAUGGCAACCAACUGGAUGAAUUCCCCAUGAACCUUCCCAAGAACGUCAGAGUCCUCCAUUUGCAGGAAAACAACAUUCAGACCAUUUCGCGGGCUGCUCUCGCCCAGCUCUUGAAGCUCGAAGAGCUUCACCUGGAUGACAACUCGAUAUCCACGGUGGGGGUGGAAGAUGGGGCCUUCCGGGAGGCUGUGAGCCUCAAGCUGUUGUUCCUAUCCAAGAAUCACCUGAGCAGCGUGCCCGUUGGGCUUCCUGUGGAUUUGCAAGAGCUGAGAGUGGAUGAAAAUCGUAUCGCUGUCAUAUCAGACAUGGCCUUUCAGAACCUCACGAGCUUAGAGCGUCUGAUCGUGGAUGGGAACCUCCUGACUAACAAGGGCAUUGCCGAGGGUACCUUCAGUCAUCUCACCAAGCUCAAGGAAUUUUCCAUUGUUCGGAAUUCACUCUCCCACCCCCCUCCUGAUCUCCCAGGUACACAUCUGAUCAGGCUCUACCUGCAGGACAACCAGAUCAACCACAUCCCUUUGACAGCCUUCUCAAAUCUUCGCAAGCUGGAACGCCUGGACAUAUCCAACAAUCAACUGCGCGUGUUGACUCAAGGGGUCUUUGAUAAUCUCUCCAACCUGAAGCAGCUCACUGCUCGGAAUAACCCCUGGUUUUGUGACUGCAGUAUUAAGUGGGUCACGGAAUGGCUCAAAUACAUCCCUUCAUCUCUCAAUGUGCGAGGUUUCAUGUGCCAAGGACCCGAGCAAGUCCGGGGGAUGGCUGUCAGGGAGCUGAAUAUGAAUCUUUUGUCAUGCCCCACCACGACCCCUGGGCUGCCCGUCUUUACCCCAGCUCCAAGUACAGCCUCGCCAACGACCCAGCCUUCCACACUCUCUGUCCCAACCCCCAGCAGAAGCUACAUGCCUCUGACUCCCACCACAGCCAAACUUCCCACGAUCCCUGACUGGGAUGGCAGAGAAAGAGUGACCCCGCCUAUUUCUGAACGGAUCCAACUCUCUAUCCAUUUUGUGAAUGACACGUCCAUCCAAGUCAGCUGGCUCUCUCUCUUUACCGUGAUGGCAUACAAACUCACGUGGGUGAAAAUGGGCCACAGUUUAGUAGGGGGCAUUGUUCAGGAACGCAUAGUCAGUGGUGAGAAACAGCACUUGAGCCUGGUUAAUUUAGAGCCCAGAUCCACCUAUCGGAUUUGUUUAGUGCCACUGGAUGCUUUUAACUACCGAGCUGUGGAAGAUACCAUUUGUUCCGAGGCCACCACCCAUGCCUCAUAUUUGAACAAUGGCAGCAACACGGCUUCCAGCCACGAGCAGACGACUUCCCGCAGCAUGGGCUCCCCUUUUCUGCUGGCGGGCCUGAUCGGGGGUGCGGUGAUAUUUGUGCUCGUGGUCUUGCUCAGCGUCUUUUGCUGGCACAUGCACAAAAAGGGGCGCUACACCUCCCAGAAGUGGAAAUACAACCGAGGGCGGCGGAAAGACGACUACUGCGAGGCGGGCACCAAGAAAGACAAUUCCAUCCUGGAGAUGACAGAAACCAGCUUUCAGAUCGUCUCCUUAAAUAACGAUCAGCUCCUUAAAGGAGAUUUCAGACUGCAGCCCCUUUAUACCCCAAACGGGGGCAUUAAUUACACGGACUGCCAUAUCCCCAACAACAUGCGAUACUGUAACAGCAGUGUGCCAGACCUGGAGCACUGCCACACGUGACAGCCAGAGGUCCAGCGUUAUAAAGGCGGACAGUAAGACUCUGGAGAACACACACACGUGUGUGCACCGAAAGACACACGAAUUACAUUUGAUAAAUGUUGCCCAGAUGCAUUUGUGCAUUUGCAUACUCUGUAAUUUAUACGGUGUACUAUAUAAUGGGAUUUAAAGAAAAAAGUGCUAUCUUUUCUAUUUCAAGUUAAUGACAAACAGUUUUGUAACUCUUUGCUUUUUAAAUCUUAAAAAAAAAUAGUUGCUGAAGUACUGUACAGGGUUGUACCAUGAGAACCCAAUGCCAAGGCUAAGGAGUGAUUCUUCCUCAUGAUGCACAUUCACCAUUUUACUGUUGAAGCUGUCAGAAUAAAUUCCUUUCUUAUGGUUGGUGGUCAGAUGAAAAGGCACAUGGAAACGGACUCAUCAGGGUAGGCUACACAACAUGGGGAAAACAAGGAAUGGCCCAGAUAGAUAUCUUUAUGCUAUUUCUGUACUUCCUGGUGUGGAAGGAAAGUUAAAAAUUUCAAAGUAGAAGAAAGGAGGUAGUUACCCUGAUUUGACCCAAAGCAGGAAAUCUAGAAAGCAUCACGAGGAAGCCCGUUCCUGUAAGAUAAGUUAACCGAACCCGGCAGAAUCCAGAAAAUGAUGUGGGCUUUGAAAAGAACUUCAAACCUGGGGGUUGGCUUUCUGACUGGGAGCUUAAAAAUCACCCCUCACGCCUCCCUGAUCCUAUGUGAUAACAGAGUUAGAGACUUGAGUCUGAUUCCGGCCAUCUUCAGGGACAGAUAGGAUGUUCCAGCAAGAAAACUCCCUUUAAAAGUGUUACUAUUCAAAUUAUAUGUCAGGUUGAAUCACAUUCAACAGAGAUAUAUUCUAGAAUACUUUUUUAGAAGAGGCUAAUAAAAUAACGGGAAGAAUUAUAUUGAAUGGAAUUAUUUUUGAUAAUGAGAAUUAUUUGGGUAGAUUCACCACAGCUAUGUCAACAUGAUAUUUAGACCAACAAGAGAUCAGUGUUUGGAAUAUACUAAACUUGUUAUUUAACAACUAUUGGUACCAUUUAGACAAAAGCAAGUGAUCAGUGAUUCUGCUACACUUCAUGAAACGACUUUGUUAGUAUCAUGUUGAAAUAGCUUGAAUUAAUACCUUUAACCCUUGCAAAUUUGUCUUCCAAUCACCUCACCUAUAUUUUCGUAACUAGCCGUUUAUGCUAGAUUUUUCCCCCCACUCUGCUUAAACUUUGAAAGAGAAAAUGAGAUCCCAGUCUCGGGUCCACAAAAUAUCCAUAUAUACUUAUACACUUUAAAAUGUAUACUAAUUUUCUCUGCUGAUAAUUCUAUAAGGACAUAUCAAAGCUGGCUGAAAUAAUGUAUUUUUUUAAAGCAAUACUGAGUUUCCACCUUGGACCGAUGUUCAUCCUAUUCCAUUUUUGAAAUUUCAUUUAUUCCCUCUCAGUCUUGGAUGUCCCUCUUCCUUCGGAAUUGUGGAGGGAUGAUCUAUCUUACAUUAGUAGGAUCACAUGGAACAAGUCAGAGAGCACAGGCUCCUUCCCCUAAUCUUGGCAGAGUGGGCAAAGAGCAGAGGGCAUAGAGAAGAGAGGGAUGUCUGUGCUUAAUUCUAGAUAUUUUCAAAGCAAUGCCCAUUUUCACAAAGUAUGUAUAACUCACUCCUUUUCAUCCCGUAGAUGUAGAAGGGCUAUCGAUCACCUACAUUAACUAAAAAAAACACACCAUUGGAAAAUUCCUUUUAAAAUCAAAUUCUGCCCUGUGUUGUGGAUUUCCUUUACCACUGGCCAUUUUUUAGGGACCUGUGAAAUUGAUGUCACACUCAUUUUGGCUUUCUCUCUCGCUCUUUCUCUGUCUCUCACUUUUAACAAAAUAGAACUGUGAUGUGUCUUCUUUGUAAGAGUUUAGGUAUAAAACGCUAUGCAAGAUUUUCUUUAUAGUAAGAGCUUUAUUUUCUUUAAUAACGUACCCCCCAACUUAUAUGUUUUAAUCUCCCUUGUCCCUCAGAAUAAGCAGAACAUAUAACUGAAGUUAUAAUGUUGUAGAGGCAAGAAUCGAAACGGCAGUCAGUUGAACUGAAAUUAGCUGUUAAUUAAUUUGAAUUAAUUCUAAAGUGACUUAGGUUUCCAUAUGAGUUUAUUAGCUAGCAAAAUCUGGCUGUUGCUUGUUGAAAGCUAAUUCCACACAGCAAAGGGACAAGACAGUCUGUGAAGGUGAUCAGUGUUAACAGUAAGCCAUCUACCAUUCAGGACAAUGACAUGGGGUUGUGUAUAUUUAACUGGAUAAUUCCCUUCCACUGUUGUCUUCUCCUUGGCUGUGUAGAUAAAACUAUGUGUUCACAUUAUGGUACUUUGACUUUUGAGGGUUUUUUUUUCUCUUUUAUCCACAAAAUAAUCAUGCUCGUUUAUUUAUAUUGUGUAUCUAACUCCCAGCAUCAUAUUUGGCUGCUGAAACAUUUUAGUUUCGAGCCAAGACCGAUGUUGGAAAGGUUUCUCUGAUGUCUUGUGAGAUCCACAGAAUUAUUUGGGGCUUGAGUGGUACAAUGAAGUCCUAGUCAUGUGAAGGGACCUCUGCUAAAAGACGUUCCUGAAGAGAUAGAACCUAGUUACAGUCUUUGCUUUGAUCUUGCACACAGUAUGACGGAGGCUGCUAAAAAUAAGAUCAGUGUCUCGUUUGUCAUAGCAUACCUGGGGCUCUCACGCCAGGAUAGGAAGCCCAUCACGGAAUUUGUAAUGUCUUACGUGUCUUAGGAAAACUGCUAAAUAACCAACUGUCAGUGUUGGCUUAGGCUUUGAUUGGCGUCUUCAAUCACGGGAAGUGUGUUUUGCUGAAACAUCUACCCUCUAAUGGAGCCUCUCUUGCUGCCAUUGUUAUGUACUUUGAGAUUAGGAAGAGUCACAGUUGAAGAUGCAGGUCAGGACCAUGAACCAACAAGACAUACACCCUGGCUUAUAGAAUUGGAUGCUGUUUGACCAAACAAGCUGAUUUGAGAUAACACACGGCCACUUUCAGAGCUAGGCAACUGUCACCGUGCAGAGGAAAUUCUAAGAGUGAGAGGUGUAGCCGUGAUCACACAGAUGUUAUUGAUUGUUAUUCAUUCCCAGGGUUGUCAUUAAUACCUGCUUGUUGUGGGGAGAUGUGUUUGAACAGGGAGAGGCUCUGUGCUCCCCUCAAAACUGUCAAAUACAUUAGCAGUUCAUCACAACGGAUGGCCACAGGCAGAGACAAAAAGUGUGUUUCCCUGCCCAGUUUCCUUGUAUGAGAAGUGGAAAGCACUCUAUCCCCUGAGAAGUAAUGCGAUUUCUAAUUACCUGGAUGUCUGUUGGAAAUAUAUAAGAUAUGUUACCCAAGGUUUAAAAAAACAAACAGUGUUGCUGUAUUGUGACCAGUCUGGCAAAAAAUAUUAAUGAAGUCACUAAUUUUAAGGCUCCGUUUCCUACCAGUGCCGAUCAUGAUGGUCUUAGUCACUUCCCAAGAUCAUAACUUACUUCCCCACGUGGAGAACCAGCUCUGCAUGCGGUGAGCAGAAUACCCAAUGCAAGCAAAAGUUACAGGGAACGGCUGAGGCAGAUCACCUUUUGACAGUGAACUGGUUAGUUUUCAUCAAUGUCUUUGUUUACAGCAUUUUUCUCUACCCUACAACAAGGAGACAUUGAGUUUUACGUUAGAACAAGAGCAGUUUUGCCCAUGAUUUACCUUUCCAGCUUCAUGGGAGUGCAAAGCAAUUUCUUUGUGCCGCAAAGGGCAACACAAAUACAAAACAAACAAACAAACAGCUCUCCUAAUUCUUACUCUUGUCAAAACUGACCUGAUGCUCUUUUUUAAAAAGUCAAAAUACUAAUGAAGAAAGCUAUGGCUUACAUCCUUCUCUGAUUUCUACAUCAGGGCCAUAAGACAAUUGACCACUGGGGGAUGCUUGUCACAGAAUGUGGGGAGAAAGUUUUGUCCAUGUAUGAUACUGUUGUUACAACAAACCAAUCAGAUUCUUUUGCUAUAGUUUUCAUUUUUCUUUUUCUAGAGGCACAUCAUCCACCAGAAGAGCACAAAGCAAGGCCAUCGUAACAGGCAUUUUUAAACUAGUAUGCAACACACACGUACAUGCACACACACACACAAACAUGCACACUGAGGCAUUUAUGAAGAUGUCCAUGGGAUAUAAGAUUUAUAACUUUUUGAGGCAAGGUGAAGGCAUCACCACUGUCUGUCCCUCUAAGACCAGUAUAUAUUCACCAAAAGUUAAUCCCAAUGGUUUGUUUGAACCACAUGUUGAUUUCCUUCUGGUUUAUGUUUAGUGUGUUCUCAUAACAAGGGACUGCAAGGGUCUGGAAGAUUCUGAACCGCACGUCCUCUGAGACCUACCAUGCUGCACACCUUGUUAACUACAAACUUCACUCUACACUAUACAGUACCUUGUUGAUAUAUUCAGUAAAGGCUUAUUUUAAAAGAAAACCACAUUUUGUUUAUCUGAGUAAGUUCAUUGGGUUAUAGCCAACACUUGCAUUGUUAAUGUGAAAGAGAAAUUGUUAAUGUGGAAGGCUUCCUGAUGAUGCAUGAGGGUGGCAGGAAUAAAGGAGGUGAUAGGAUUUUUCCUUUUCUCCUACCUUGAAGACAACUUCUGUUUUUAAAGCCAUUUAACCUUUUUUUGUGUGUGUGAGGGGUUUAUAUGAAAUCUUCAUGUUCUUUUCUACUUCCCGACUAGCUUGUGUGUUUGUCUGCAUAUCUUUUCAGUAUACACCAUACAUCAAGAAUAUUGUUUUGUAUUUGUGAAAUCUGUAUUGCUUAGGAUAGAGAUAAAUACGAAUGUAGUUAUCCAAUCAGAAUAGCCCCCCCCAUUUCAUAACAUACACUAUUGGUUUUAAAAUGUCAAUUUUUCUUAAGAAUCCCCAUGGUACAUUUCUACUUCAGAUUUGUUUAUAGCUCAUGCACCCAUACUUCUAAUGAGCACUCAUGAAAAUGUAUCUAUUCACGUGCUCCAGUUCAACUCGGAUUAUUCUCACGAUUUUGCCAGACCCCUUUCCUCUAACUCUUUAAUAAUGUAUUUGACAGAGAUUAAAUCAGGAAACAAAAUCACAACACUUCAGUUAACUAGUAUUAAUUAUUUUAGAAUCUAUGUUGGAAAAUUAAGUAUGCAAGACAGUGGUCACUGGUGAUUUCUAUUACACUUGGGAGAUUUUGUGUCAAGUAAUGUCCAUGCAACUCUCAGUUACUUUUACCAAGAAUUGCAGACCUUAUUCUGUGAAGACCAGACCCUUAGUCAAGGAAUAAAAUUCGUUAAAAAAAAAAAGUUUAUUACAAGUCAGCAUUUGGCUGACUUCAGAAGUUUUGUAGAAGAAUAAAAUACAGUCUUAGGCAAGUCAAGCACACCUUCUACUUCCCUGUGUUCCUAAAGAAAUCUGUCUGUUCACCCAAAGCAUUUAUUUUUCAUGUACCUUCUACAGAAUUCUAUGUUAGGUUCUUUUGGGGAUUCAGAGAAAAAUAUGACUCUACCACUAAGGAGCUCACAGAUUGUGCAAGAAGCUUGUUUUCGAACACAUCCCGGAGUCUCAGAGACCAUGUAAUAAUUUUACAUUCUCUCAACCUCAACGGAGUAUCUAAGGUGACAAAAGAAAUAGACGUACUUCUUGAUACAUUUGAUGAUGCAUUUGUUGUAUAUAUUAGAUGAUUUUGGUGUUUAAUAGAUGACACAAAGUGAUGGUGCGUUGAUGAAAUUAGAAUUGAAUUUGAAUCAAAUUUUCAAACAUAUACUAAGUAAUUGAACAUUUAGGAAUUGUUUUUGGUAAUUAGACAUACAACUUUAAAUUUCCGCUGGGCACCAGAAUAUAAAUUAAUCUAAAACAAUAAAUAAUGGCACCUGACAAUUCUUGAGCACCAAUGUAAUGCCACAUUUAGAAUGCUUUGAUACAUGUGGUCACAUUUUGUCUUCAACUAUGUAAGGUGUUUCAUCUUAGCUUUUCAGCAUGUAAAACUUCCCAAGAAGUAUAGCGAUUCGUCCCUGAUCAUAAAACCUGUGAAUGGCAGAGUCGGGCAUUAACCCCAAACAUGAUUCUUAGACUCUUAAGUACUUUCUCGCCUCUUAAAUUAACUAGCUUUGAGAUGGACUAGCCUUCAGGACAACUUCUUUGUCAACGGUUAAAAUGUGUGAUGAUCGAGAUAUCACAACGUCACUCUGAGGACACAUAUAUUAAUUAUUGUUUGUGGCAAAUCAAGGAAACAUUCUAAAAACCUAAAAAUAUUUGUCUUUCAAAUCCCAUUCCUGUUUUUUUAGAGAAAUUCUGUGUUUGUUAUUAUUGGGUGGCUGCACAUUUAUCUGACUUGAAAGCUUCAGAUGGAAUCAAGAUAUGCCUACACCCACGGGGUGAGCUGAAAGAACUAUUAAAAGGACUUUAGUGAGGUUAUUUUUAGUAAUGAGUUUGUUUCUUACUGGAGAGGUUGCUCGAAGUAUUUUGUAGAUCCUGCUGAAGAUGCUCAUAUGUCAGAAUCUAUUAGGGCCUUAGCAAACUGGCUCCUGGAUUUACAAUUUUUUUUGAUAGCACAAAUAGAAAAUGUGCGCUUUAGAGGAUAUUGUAGGAGCUUUGUUUUUAUUAGUUAUAUGGAAAUUUAAGGAUAAAGCAUCUGUAAUGGUACACUCUAAAAACAGAGGUCUUUUUAGCACACACACACACACACACACACACACACACCAAUUGAUGAACCCGUUUGUCCAUUUUCUUGGUGUGAAGUCUAAACUAAAUGAAAAAUUCAUUACAUCCUUAAGGAGAUUCUUGUCAUUUCUGUGACAUAAUCAACGUCCAUAUUAGGUCAAUCAAUUCCUAACCAAAUAUCAAAUUAUGCUGGUUCAGAUUCUGCUAAACUCCUUGGUUUGGGUAGGAUGGGCCUUUUUAGUUUAGUUUUGUUUUCAUUUAGCAACUAUUUGAUGAAGCCUGGUAAGUUUUGGUGCUGAAUAAGAUUGCUUUCCGGGACAGAAAACUUGGCAUCAUCAGGAAUCUUUCCUGAAAGUUAUGGUACUCAACACAUGGGCCAGGUUUUUCCUGUCUCUUUGCCUCCUUUGAGCACUCGCACUCUUACAUUUGAGUAAUCAUACAGCAGUUCUACUUACAGCACUUACAUGCUUUCUCAAAUGUUUUUUCUCCUCUCCGUUUCCUAACUCUGACAUGGUUAAGACCCUUCCUGUAUUCUCUAGUCCACCUGCAUCUUUCCUACACACCGUGGGACAAGGUCUAUAAAUAAUGCCGGAUUGUGACAAGGCAUUACCAUGAUUUUAAGAGAGAAUUCAAGCUCUUUGUAUGACAUAAUGUGUCAUAUAUACAUUACUCUCUGGCAUUCCUUACUAGUAUGUCCUCCUCAUUCAUUAUGUUCUCUGGACUAGAUAGAUACUUGAAAUCAACCAACAGUCUAUCUCUAAGAAAUGUCAACUCUUCCAUACUGCUGUAGCUUUACUCAACGUUGUUUAUCUUAUGACAUUCACUUUCUCCUUUGCUUGGUGAACUGUUCCUUCUUUAAGAUAUGACUCAAGUGGCCCCCACCUUUGGGAAGCUUCUCAAAUCACAUCUGUCAACUAUCUGACUCCUUUGUGCAGUUAAUAUAACUUUAAAAUACUUUUCUUUAUGGCAUCUAUAUUUUGUGGGUUUUCAUGGGUAUGUUUCAUGCUUAUAUUUUAACCCCCUGGAGACAGAGGACAGACUCUGGCAAUUUUUGUAUCUCAUCCAGUGAUGAGUAAGUACAGUGUCCAGCCCUGGGCAGGUGUCUCGUACGUGCUUUUGGGUAAAAUGUGAACAGAGCACAUGGGACAAUGAAGUGAUGUCAGGUGUCCCCAAACAGCAGCAGCUCAAAUAACAGCUACCCUGUCAACCUCCUACGGCUGGAUGACUUUCUUAAAAGCCUCCGAAUGAUCGGUGGAAUUCUGGAUAUGCAGAAUUAGACUUGCUCAGAAGCUACGAUAUGAAUUUUACAAGAAACAAAACAUACAUUUCCUAAAAAAAUCUCUUGUUUACCCAUGACUAUUUUUAGAGAAAUUUUGUUUUCAUGAUUAUUUGUUGAUCACACAUUUAUCUGAUUUGAAAACUUUAUUAUGAAAUCAGGAUAUGUUUAUACCUACAAGGAAGGCUGAGAGAACUAUUCAAAUGAUUUGAAGAACAUCCUUUUUAUAUUUUACAGAAAACCCCAAAACUCUGAGCCAACUUGCAAAAAGGCAUAUGAAGACAUACCUUAAAGAAUUGUCUUACCAGAUGCCAUCAUCAUGAGAAGUAAACAAAGUAUGGAUAGACAUAAAGUCAAAGUAAAACUUUUUGACACUUUGCUAGGCAUGAUGAACUUUUCACGUGUAAAAAAGUAGAUUAGUUUUUUGUUUGCAUCGGCAAUAUCAAAAGGGACAGUCGAUAUUCACUGUGUCAUAUCUUUUACCUAAAAUAUGGCAUGUAUCAUUUAGAGGUCCACAUUGUAUUAUCUUGAUUAUUUUCUCUACAAAUAAAUAGUUCUCUUCUAGAAAUGAUAUUCCCAUAAAGAAUGAUGCAGUGGAGGUGGUAGUUAUUAAAACCUCAAACUUGAAACAGGCUGACUUAUUUUGGAAACCUGUCUCUGCCAGUUGGCUUUGUUAAUAACUUAUACUUUAUGGUCAUCAGUUUCCUUUACCUGAAAUGGAGACAGUGAAGUCUAACACAUAUGGGGGUUUCCAGAAGUGCAGGUAUGUAGAGCAGUUAACAGUUUGUCAGACUCGGCAAGCAUUGAAUAAAUGGCAUUGGACACGAUAUAUUUUCAGACAGACCUCUUUCACAAGCACAGAGUGACAUAUUGCCCAUUUUAUAUGAAGACACCCAAGUUCAUGAGUAUUAAGAUCAGCAUUAUACAAGAGUCAUGUAUUCAAAGGUAAUUAGCAUCCCAAAUUUCACAUACUUGUGUACAACCAUUAUCAAUACAGUCCAACAGGGAGUUUUCCAUUUUUUCUACUUUUUUUUUUUUUUACUGGAAAAGUUAGGGAAAGUGAGGCGCCAUAAGGUAGCACAGAACAAUACCAGGUCCUCUGUCUCAUGAUGGGUGGAACCAUUGAGCAUCACUGUUGAACGGAAAAAGAAUAGACUUCUUUGUAGUGUAGCUAACAUAUUUCCUCUCUGAUCUUCAGAAUACACAUACAUGUGAUUAUUGCUAAAAAUUAGCACAGAAGUAUCAAAUGUGCUCUGAGAAUGAGUGUUCAGAAGACAUUGGGAAAUUAAAACUAAAAAAAAAGCAAGAUAAUGACUUUCUGCUCAAAAAUCUAUAAUGUUAAAUGACAUGGUUUUAUUUCGUUUUACUAUAACCAACCAUAGGAUCUAUACCGGCACUUGGCUGGCAGAUAGCGGGGGUUGGUAACAACCAAAUGGAAGAGCAUGUUAAUGGUUCUGCAGUGUAGAUGUGACAGUCUACCAUCUGUCACCCAGUUACUUUUUGCAAUCAAUGUCAUUUUUCAUUUUGUAAUCUCGUUGUAAUUAAGAGGCAUACGUCCUCUUUGAAUAGGUCAUGUUCUUUUUUCCUUUGGUGCAUGGUAAUUGAUGGUAGUGAAAACAGGCUCAAAACAGGUCACUCUUUUGGGCUCUAUAUUAGCGUUAUUUUCCUUUUAUCCUGCCUUUCCUUGUUUAAUAAAGGCAGAAGGUUAGGCAUUCAGAUGCUAAGGGAAAAAUGCUUUCUCUUCUAGUCCUUGACUGCAGAGUUUAAUUGGUUUAGGGGCAGCUAUUCGGCAGGGAGAAGUCAAUAUUGGCAUUCCUCUGGUCUAUAGACAAUUUCUCUUCUCUUUGGGCUGGUGUCUGUUUUGAUAGCUUGCCUCCCGGCUUUUUCUGUUGUUAACUUUUUACAUAUUGACUCUUACUAGUUGGAAUACAGUGUGCUCCACUAGCGGAUCUUGAAUAAGAGGGAACCAUUUGCUUUGUAAUGGAGGCCAAUCACCUCUGACAGAAAGCAGCAGUUUCUAUACAGCCUAUUGUAUGGGGCUUACUGAACAUGAUGAACCUCUCUGAUUCUGAGUUCAAAUCUGUCCAGAGUUUUCCUUGCUCCAUUCCAUGGGCCUUGAGCGUAUUUAUGCUUCUAUUUCCUCAUCGGUCCUUGAGGUAAUUACAAUAAUUACUUCAGCAGCAACAAUACAGCAAGGUGCCUGGCACACACUAAAGUGUUCAAUCAAUGUCAGGCACUUUCUGAAAAUAUAGGGAAUUAAUAUCCACAAAGUAGGAUUACACACCUUGGAUCUCCUUUGGAUCAUGGGUCAGACCAUUCAUCUCUCUGGCCUAUUUCUUCUUGUUGAGAGCAUAAGACUUUGGUUGAUUUCUUAAGUUCUUUUGGACUCUCAAUUCUGUUUCAUUCUUGUCAAUUUUCCAUGAAGCUUAGCUAUAGUGAAUUGGGCUGAUUUAUGCCAUGUGUUUUCAUGAAUUUCCGGAAGAUAUGUAUGGGAGAGAAAACAGGACGCAUGCAAAAAUUCCAUUUCGUUGACUUUAUUACAAAGACUAGCAUGUCCCCCAUUAGUUACAGCAACAGUAAACUCAAUAUGUUUGGAAAGCAUCAUGCACAAGUAUGAAAAGAGCCUUGGAAUCACAAAGAGCUCCCACUUGAUACCUGUGUGUUAUUAAUGUUCCUAAACCUCACUUUCCUCAUAUGUGAAAUAGGGUAACAGUACUUGUGAAGAGUCAAUGAGAUAAUUUAUGUCAAGUGUUCGGUGCAGUAACAGAUUCAUUCAAGCUCAUCAUGGCUGAAAAAUGACAAAUGAAUAGAAAGAGAAGCAAGUGGAAACAAAGCUCAUUCUUAUUAACUCAAUUAUCUUUCCCUCAAAAGAGAGAAAUUCAAACUAUGUUACUAAGUAGACAUAUUUAUAAAAUACUUUAUUUCGAUAAAAAUUAUUAAAGAUAGAUUUCCCUACAAUAAAACUUGUAUAAAACAAGAUUGUUUCUUAAAAUACUGAGUGCAUCUUCUAUCUUUGUAAGCCUUUUAUGUAAUAGCUAUUAAACUUUAAAUAUUCAACAGAAAAGAAAUUAUGAUAAUACCCAGGAAAAUGCUGAAUGAUAAAUGUACUUUAUUUUUGAUGAAAUAGAACAGAUUUUAACACUGA